AGACAAGCUGAAGAUCCCUUUGUUCUUCUUUAAUAGGAUGUACCUUCAACCAAGCGGCUUUUGCGGGUACGACGUCUGGCUAGGUAAGAACAAGGAAGUGGAGUUCUACACGCACUGGUCCUGCUUCACUGUCAAGCAGACGUACAACAAGCUCCAGCCGAAGAGCACGUUCACAACACACGUUUCCAACCAUCACAAUAGCGCCGGCGAUUGGAAAGCUGACAUUGCUAUUCAUGGGCCGCAGAUCGCGCGGCAUGGGUGGGAGUGGUACGAGGUGGGGUUCUUCGCAUGCUGGACGCAGUCCGGGUCGCUCACGCUGCUGUGCUUCGAUCUGCCUGCAAAGUCGCAGUCACAUAUCCAGUCAUUGACCUGGCUGCAGGACGUGUCUCGCUCUUGUCCGUACGCCGUGUUUCCGCAGGUCUUGGAUGCGCUGCUUCGGCUGAAUGAUGACUUGGUCUGGGCGAUCCAAAACCACAUCAGCCAGUGGGAAGCAAGGAGGUUGCUAGAGACUGACUACUUUCUCUUACAUAAAAUCGCGAGACACGAGGUGCACGUUAGCGAGACUCUCAGCGUAGCCAUACGGUCUCUCAACGCCAUGCAGCAUCACUAUGAGCGAUUUGGUGCAAACAGCGACCUCGCGCGCAGCAAGAAUGGCCUCACACGCUGGGACAAAGUCGGCAGUCGCUUCGAGUUCCAGCUCGGCAUUCUACAGGACUUGCUCCAGCGGUCUGAAGCGAACAAAGCGCGCAUCUAGAACGAGAUCACUCUAGUAAGUGCAAUCUACGACAGGUAGUAUCCAUCCCUCCCA